CUUCCACUCGCUUCCAGCCGCUGCAUGAGCCGUGGUGUCGUCCCUCCUGCGCCGACGGACGCUUUAUGAGAGGAAGCUCGAGGUCUCAGGUGCAGCCAUGCCUGUCUCCCUGCUGUGGGCCGUGGAUGUGUAUGGGCGGGUCUACAGCCUGUCCACGGGGGGACAGCAGUGGGAGCAGUGCCGCGAUGCCCAGAUGGAGUUCAAGCGGGUGACAGCGGCUCAGCAGUGCUGCUGGGGCAUCGCCUGCGACAACAACAUCUACCUGAACGUCCACGCGUCUGACCUCCCUGUCCGCUACCAGGAGGAGACCUACGAGAAUCAAAGGUGGAAUCCGGUUGAUGGUUUCUCGGAGCGUUUGCUGCCAAGCGACCGCUGGCAGUGGAGCGACGUCACGGGUCUGCAACACCAACCUCUGGACGGCUUUCAGCUUCCCUCCGGCAGCUGGGAGUGGGAGGGCGACUGGUACGUGGAUGAAAACUUCGAGGGAGAGCCCACAGAAAAAGGGGGAUGGAGCUAUGCCAUCGAUUUCCCCGCCACCUACACCAAAGACAAGAAGUGGAACUCCUGUGUCCGUCGCAGGCGAUGGCUCCGCUACAGGAGAUACAAAGCCAUGGACACCUGGGCCAAGAUCCCCUCACAGCAGACCGCUCUACCAGAUCCUUUCAGUGACAUCAGCUGUGGAGGCUGGGAGAUCAGUGAGGAGCCCAGGGGCCGGCUGUCGCUGUGGGCAGUGUCCCUGCAGGGCAAGGUGUGGUUCAGGGAGGGAAUCUAUCACCACAAUCCCGAGGGUUCCUCAUGGGAGGAUGUGCUUCUCCCAGGGGAGGUAGUCCAGAUCAGUUGUGGCCCAGGUGACCUGGUGUGGGCCGUGCUGUGGGAGGGGCAGCUCAUUGUCAGGGAGGGAAUCAGCCGAGACUGCCCCAAAGGCAGCUCCUGGGCAGUGGUGGAGUCUCCGAGCCCUGAUGUGGGAGCUAUACAUGUAGCUGUGGGAAUCAACGUUGUCUGGGCUGUGACCAAGGACAACAAAGUGUGGUUCAGGCGCGGCGUGAACUCUCACAACCCCUGCGGCUCCGGCUGGAUCAGCAUGGUUGGAGAAAUGAUCACCAUGAACGUGGGACUGAACGACCAGGUGUGGGCUAUCAGCUGCGAGGACCGAGCUGUAUACUUCAGACAGGGUGUGACCUCCAGUGAACUGAGUGGGAAAACUUGGAAGGCUAUCACCGUUCCCCGAGACGGAGACCGAUCCCACUCCAGCGCCAGCGCCAACAGCCUGCAGAGCGCUGGAUGUUAUUUCUGUGGUGAAGUGCGGGCUCAGUCAGUAGCCAGCGAUGUGGAAUCAGACGCAGAGAAAGCAUCUGCAGAUGGAGCCGGCUGCCACGUCACCUCCACUUCCCCAGAGUCACUCGCUGAAGCCCCCACAGACUCAUCCAACCCUCCCAAACCCCGCAUCCCCAAGGUCACCAGCGACAGCUUCAUCUCUGAACUCGUCUCCGAUCGAGAACCGGGAAAGAGCUCCAGAGAUAUUGGAUCAGCUACUCCUGCCGUCCCCGAAGAGGAGAGCAUCCCCGGAGAAGGAGCGCUCAAAGCCCCCUGUGCUACUUCAGCUCUUUCCCCGAGUCAGUCUGGAGGUCCUCCUGAUCCACAGUGGAGCAACGUGGAUCUGGAGGAGGCACAGCAGGCCCAGACUGUAGCAGUGCAGGACUCAGCUGACACCUGCAGCCUGUCGUCGGUGGCCACAUACACCCUGGCCAUGGACGACCCAUAUGGGGCAGAUGAGCACCCUCUGUGGGCAUGGGUCAGUGGAGGAGGUUGCUCUGUGGACAGUCACUCCCAGCUCAACUGGUUUAACUGCUCUAUGAACACAUCAUCUUUGGUCUCAUCAGUCCAGUCCAUGAGUCUGUCAGUCAGCCCAGCCCAGACGGCAGCUUGGCGGAAACAAAUCUUUGAGCAGCUCAGUGAAAGGACCAAGAGAGAGAUGGAUAAUUUCAGACAUUAUGAACAAGCCAUAGAACAGUCUGUGUGGGUGAAGAAGGGAACCAUGCAGUGGUGGAGAGACUGGAAGCCACACAAGUGGAUAGAUGUUCACUUUGCCUUGGAGCAGUUCUCAGGACCAGAUGGCAACAAGGACGGCAUCCUGUUCAUCUAUUACAACUAUUACGAGGAGAAGAAGUACCUGCACGCCUUCAUCAACGAGGUGACCAUCCUGGUUCCAGUGCUAAAUGACUCCAAACACACUUUUGCCAUCUACACUCCUGAGCGGACCAAACAGAGGUGGCCAAUCAGACUGGCGGCUGCCACAGAGCUGGAAAUGCACGACUGGCUGGCACUGUUGAGCGUGUCGUGCUGUGACUCCAGGGCGAUCCAGGGUCCUCCCUCCAAACAGGCCAUCUGGUCCAUCACCUGUAAAGGGGACAUAUUUAUCAGCGAGCCCUCACCUGGCCUAGAAGCCAUGCCUUACCCGACACCCUGUGACCAAAUGUUCUGGCGGCAGAUUGGAGGCCACCUGCGUAUGGUGGAGUGUAACAGCGUCGGGAUAGUGUGGGGGAUCGGCUAUGACCACACAGCAUGGGUCUAUACAGGGGGGUACGGAGGAGGCUUCUUCCAAGGAUUGGCCAGCAGCACAGAUAACAUUUACACUCAGACGGACGUCAAGAGCGUCUACAUCUAUGAGAACCAGAGGUGGAACCCCGUCACCGGCUACACCAACAGAGGUCUACCAACAGACCGCUACAUGUGGAGCGAUGCGUCGGGACUACAUGAGUGCACAAAAACAAAUACGAAACCUCCGUCCCCUCACUGGACAUGGGUGUCGGAGUGGGCUAUCGACUACAGUGUCUCUGGAGGGACAGACAGAGAAGGAUGGCAAUUUGCAGCUGAUUUUCCAGCGUCAUAUCAUGGCUAUAAAACGAUGAAGGACUUUGUGCGUCGCAGGCGAUGGGCCAGGAAGUGUAAAUUGACCACCACAGGACCUUGGCAAGAAAUCCCACCCAUCCCACUGAGUGAUGUGACCAUCUUGCCGUGCGCAGCUCAGAGCAGCGUGGACGUGGUUUCUGUGUGGGCGAUAAGCAACAAGGGAGACGUGCUUUGCCGACUGGGAGUCACCGCACUGACACCUGCUGGAUCCUCAUGGCUCCACGUGGGAACUGACCAGCCUUUCAAGUCCAUCUCCAUCGGGGCUGCCAGCCAGGUCUGGGCCAUUGCCAGGGACGGCUCUGCCUUCUACAGGGGAUCUGUUUCAGCACAGAGCCCUGCGGGAGACUGUUGGUAUCACAUCCCCUCUCCAGCCAAACAGAAGCUGAAGCAGGUGUCAGUUGGGAGGACAUCAGUCUACACUGUAGAUGAAAAUGGUAACCUGUGGUACCGACAGGGUGUGACCCCCAGCUACCCUCAGGGCUCCACCUGGGAACACAUCUCUAACAAUGUGCGCAAAGUCUCUGUAGGGCCUCUGGACCAGGUGUGGAUCAUAGCAGACAAGGUGCAGGGCAGCCACAGUCUGAGCUGUGGGACUGUUUGCCAUCGACUUGGAGUCCAACCCAUGGAGCCCAAAGGACAGUCGUGGGACUAUGGCAUUGGGGGUGGAUGGGACCACAUCACAGUGAGAGGGAACUCCAUAGAGCCGCCUCGCCUCCGUCUCCCCUCUCUAACGGACCCGUCUUCUCGGAGGCCUGUCCCCGUCAGGAACCCAGAGGUCAAUGGCAACGCUGUAGGAAGUUAGACAUUUGUAUAUGUACAAAUGUAGCCAUCCAAACCCAGAUUACCUUUGUAGGAGUUUUUUUGUUUAAAACCACUUUUAACACUGAAGUAGCGGAAAGAUUUUAGUCUUUACAUCGCCUGAGCCAGUGUAACGGGACAUUGUCACUUCUUGACAAUCGGAGCCGAGAACUUAGAUGCUAAGCUGAUUUUGUCCCUCGGUGUCUAACUAACUGUCUUAGGCUCCUGACAUCACUGUUUAUCAUGUGACUGAGCAUUCGUCUCCUCAGUACGGGCAUUUUGUGUGUAAUUCUUUACUAGUGCUGUUUGUCUUCAACACUCAACUUGAUGGUCUUAAUGCUUUUUUUCCCCUAAUUUAUCAAGAUGUGAUGUUUCUGUUUUGUUUCUGAUUCACGUGGUUUCUGUGUAUACAACGCCACACCAGGUCCAGGUGUGAUGUUUUAUAAUAGAUAGUUUUUUUAAAAUAAUGACACAAUUAGUGUACUUGAACCAUAGUUGAAUAGCUGCUAAAGUAUCAGCUCCAGGGCUGGUAUCAUCCAAAAUUAAAAUUAUGUUCCAUCUUAGCCUGUAGGGAAACAGGUCAGUACAUAACAGCAGAGUUGAGGCUGAUUAAUGUUAAUAUAGAGUGAAAACAUGGAUGAAACAGGCAGGAACAAUGUUUCAUCCAUGUUUCCUUAGCAGCUGCUUGUGUCUGCUGAUCUGACACACCGCUGUUUAACUGUAGACAACUUUUUAAAGCCAGGAUUUGGGUUUAUUGCAUGCAACUAGCUUGCCAACCUGUGUGGUGGAAACUUAAUGUGAAACUGAGUUUGGAUGGGCAAGAGGAAACCACCAUACCCAAGGGUGAGAUAUUCAUACUGUAAAAACAAGACAUACACUGUAAAACACGCUUCCAUCUGUUCUAAUGAGCCAAAUUAACAACUGAGACACAAACGUUUUUGUGUGGAAAAUAGAUUAACUUUGUGAUUCUAAAGAAAACAUCUCGGUUUACCCAUUCACUUCAAGGAGCCAGGGUGUAGUCCCUGUAACAAGACCUGCACCGACUUAUUUCACUUGUGGUGGUUGCUUCUUGCCUUGUACAAACACUGGACUUGUGUUUUAUAAAGACUCUCAUAUUAUUUUCUAAAACUACAUGUACGUAUGUGUAUAUAUAAUGUUGUUGUCAUGGAACAUGUGCAAUUGUUAGCGUUGUAAAUAAGGGAAAAGCGUGGAAACUUGAACUGUAAUUACUUGUUAAAGUCUUGUGGUUGAACUGUUAAAACUAAACCUUCCUCUUUCUCAGGAGAGUGUUUGCAUUUGCAUGCCGUCUACUUCCUGAUGGUGGGAGAAUGACUGAGCAUUAAGAAAUUUAAAAAAAAAUAACACUAUUUUUGUUAUGAAGCUGUAAGAUAUUGGUGUUACACAGGUAGUAUGGUGGUUGUUGUAAUGGUACUAUAGAAAGAAGGGAAAAUGUGUGGACAAAGAGCAAUUAAUUGAAAGAAGUUCAGUUUUUCAUGACUACUAAAACACACAUUGAUGAACUGGGAUCAUUUCAGGCAUUCAUUUAUUUUAUUGGCAGCUUAUAUAGCGUCUAAAUCUGUGGAAACAUUUGUAAAUGUUGAAAGUGUACAGAGAUCUGUCUGUAUGAUCUGUGAAUAACGAGCACCACUCCAUGUUACUGUAGUGUGCGACACAUCGGUGCUGUGUGGUCCAUUUGUGCAUGGUCAAAAAAACAAAAACCAAAACAGUCGUGUCAAUAAAUAAAUGUGUUUAUUGAUAA